CGAGGGCUGCAGGUGUUCAUUUGGGGAUCUUAUUAGGUGUUGGCAGCAGAGUCAUGAAGAUCCAGCGCUUCCUCCUCCUGGUGGCUCUCCUGGCUUUGGGGAGCCAAGUGCUCUCUGUAUCUGGCAGGAGGAAGGGAGAGAAACACGGGGGCUGCCCACCAGAUGAUAAGCCCUGCCUCUCAGUGCCUGACCAGUGCACAGGUGACAGCCAGUGUCCCUCAGGCAAGAAGUGCUGUUCCCAAGCUUGUUUCCGCCAGUGUGUUCCCAGGGUCUCAGUAAAGCCAGGCAGGUGCCCUAAGGACCAACUGCGCUGCCUCAGCCCUGUGAAGCACCUGUGUUCCCAGGACUUUGACUGCUCUCGUGAGAAACGGUGUUGCCCAACUGCCUGUGGCCGGGACUGCCGAAAUCCUGUCAGAGGCUAAUUCUUUGGAUCAUGGCUCUGCACCCCAACAGCAAGAGCCAAGGACCUGGACACCCAAAAAGCAUUAUCUCUGUCAGGGUCCAACCAGAUAAUCACUGACCCACAGUAACUUCCCUGCGACACAUUUGUCAUGGCUUCUCCUCCUGGGGGUCAAGGUCCAUAGCCUGACCCACAAGGCAUUCCUCUGUAUCACCCUGGGACCGCAUACCACUGUUGUGCUGAGCUUCCCACCAUUAGAGUACCUAUUUUCAUAUCUCUCUGUAUAUUCUGUUUCCUUCAUCUAAAAUGCACAACUCAGGUGAGCCCCUGUUUGUAGAGCCCAGAACCCAGAACACAGGUCCUAGCAGAAUCUCUAAACAUCAGGCCUCUCACACAAACUUUUACAAUUUCCCUCUCCUGCAAAAUAGCACUGUCACAUGUUGCCUGCCUAUACUGCUGUUUAUUUAAUGCUUCACUUUAAAUGAUUCACUUUUGCAUGUAGCUGUGUUUCAACAGAAAAUGAUACUCAAGAUCACUGGCCACAAAUAGAAUGUAAUUGUAAAAAGAGAUGCAAUAAAAACAGCUCAGUUCCAUUAAAUUAAAUCAUAUCCAAUUAUUAAACUCUAGCUGGAUAAGGCCAUGUGCCAAGACUGACUGCCCCCUUUAUACAUGGAAAUUAGCAAGGGUUCAAGAGAUGUCAAAGAUGCAAAGCUCUAAACUGGGACUUCUUACCUGAUUCAAUCAGGAUCGAAAAGAAAAUACCUAUGUUGCUUCAAGAGUCAGUGUUAUAGCAUGUUACAUCCAAAUAAUCACCAGCAUCAUUUUGGAUUGCCACCAGUUUGGGAAAUGUUUGAGCAACUGGGAUGCCACGUUAAUAGUGAAUCUGUCCCUAUGUUGAGCUACGCCUCACUGGCCUCAGUUCCCCCAGGGCACAGUCUGUAGUCAGCGCUAAAGUGUUUUUUUUUUAAAUCUUUUUGUAUUUU